AACAGAACCAAACGAACCCAACCCAAUCGAACCGAUCACCGAUCACCGAUCAACGCUCACAACGAUCACAACCUCAACACACCCACUCACAAAUCAUCCACGAAUGCGAACAUUUUUGGCCAGGUGUCGACAGACCGACAGCUGUACGAUGAAAUUCCCCCAAUGGGGUAAACAAUCGGGCCGCCAAGCUUUUGGCUUUACUUGAUAAGAAUACGCGAUACGCGAGACACUUUUUUCCACGGCGCUCCCUUGAGUCAUUUUCCAGCGAUUCACACACCCAAUUGGACAAACACCAUGGAACCCGUCUAUCCAGUUGCACCCUUGGAGGCGCCCAAGGGAUCCGUCCAGCUGCAGUCGGCCCCUGAGCAACAGCACCUUCUGCCACCGGCUCCACCCAGUUACGACCAGGCCACAACCACUCCGGCCGAAACCACGGUACCAGCUCCAGCUCCAGCGACCACCUCCACCACACAGCACACGGUCGUCGUGGUGCCCGGUUCACCCUACGGCCCGGAGCCCAUGGACGUGCAGUGCCCGUACUGCCAUAAUUACGCCCGGACACGGGUCUCCUUCAAGCCCAACUCGCGCACCCAUCUGAUAGCCUUGAUAUUGUGCCUGUUCCAGUUGUACUGCUGUGUGUGUCUGCCGUACUGCAUUUCCAGUUGCAUGAGCAUCAAUCACUACUGUGGCAUGUGCGAUCGUUAUUUGGGCACCUACGAUCGCAAAUGAGCAACCAAAAAGUUUCGGGGGCGACCUGUUCAUGUGUACACAUUUUCUUCAAGUAAUUAGUUAAUAAAUGGACUGCAGCACGCAAACUGAACUAAAGCGAAGUAUUUCGUCAUUACAAGUGACGCUUUAAGAGCUUUAAAGUGGCAUAUAAAUACUAUUUUGUGUUAGGCAAAUUAACCCAGUUUUCAAAUAAGUAAAAUAUUAUUGGUAACCAUUAUAAAUAUGCCUUUAAAACAACCAAA